GUUUUCUUUGGUUACCAUCGACUGGGGGGUGACAUAAACCGAAAGAGGAGGUAACUUGACGUUUGUUAGACGUAAGACUCCGGAGUGCCAGUUAGACAGGGUUCAAAGUGAUAUUGCUGUUGAUCUUUGUAUAUAACACUUCAUCAUGAGGGAUAAAACGGGACUUAAGAAAGCACAGUUAAAAGACAAAGUAAAGAAGACUGCCACAAGAAAAGCUGCUAUAAGCAGUGCUCCUGUAGAUGAUGACAACGGAACUCAGUCUCAGAUGCGAUACAACUUCCGGAAAAGAAAAGCAAAUGAAGAGAAGGAACAUUGCCCUACGAAUACCAACAAAAAACAUCGACCAAAUAUUCAGGCACAAAAUGAUGAGCAGAAAACGGUUACUAAUUCCAGAAUAUUGAUCUCAAGAGGUAAAAUGACGGCUUUGAAAGAACAAACCAAUAAAACUACGCAACACAAAACAACACAAUCCCUCAAAAGAAAGAAUCAUUCCCCAGUGACCACCAGUGCCAAUAGCAGCAAGAAAGCAAAGCUUCCUCCAAAGUUGAAUAAAACAUCGCAAAAACCUACAUCUGUCUGGACAGGGAAAGCAUCUUUAGUUAAGAAAGGCGCAAAAUCAUUCUCAAAGUUAAGGACGGCCAAAAAAGGAAAAGAAUCCAUUUCUCCAAGAUUGAAGCAGAGUUUGGGGAACAGAAAUCCAUCUACUCUGAAAAAGAGAAUAAGAUCAGUUCAAGUAAAGCAACCGGUUUCUGAGAAAGAAUUGCAAUCCAAAACGCCGUUAAAAAGAAAAAGUAAAGAUUGUAAAGAGUUGUCGGGAAAGUUUGCAGACAUGUUCCUGAACAAAUUGGAUUUAGUAGCUCAUAUUGGUAUUGGUAACCGUUCGCCAAUACAUGGAAUAAGCGUUACUCACGAUAACCUGGUAUGGGUGAACUCUCUGUCGAAGCGGGUGAAUCUUUACAAUUCUUCUGGAGACCUUCUUAGAUUUUUUGAUUUAGACUACGAACCGGUUUUCAAUUGCUGCAUGCCCAAUGGCGACUUACUUGUGACACAAGCCUACAGUAUAGGGGCCAAACCUACUGUGGAAUAUAUUUCUCGAGAAGGGAACACAAGGUUGCUAGCUGAUCUCUCUAUGCAUACCAGUUUACUGUGUGGAAUUCUUUAUCAAGACGAGAGGAUAUACGUCAUAGGUCAUGCGGACAAGAACAUCAUUUUAAAAGUUGACAUGAAUGGAGAAGUAGAGAAAGUCUUUGAAACAAAACCAGAUCGUGUGAACGUAAAUCAUCUUAUUUCUCAAAAUGGUCAAAUUUUUGCUCUGAACACUCAAAUGUUCUCCAUGUACAUGUAUAUGUUGGGUUCUGAUGAAAUUUCCACUAAUGUUAUUAACAAAGUGGAGGUAGAUAAGUCAUAUUCAGGAAGUGCCUCUGUUGACAACUUCGGGAAUAUCAUAGUGGGAACAGACCCACCAGCCUCUAAGAUUGUCGUAAUCGAUCCGAGACUAGAGCGUAAGCACGAGAUAGGUUGUGAUUUUCUAGGAAGGGUCCGAGCCACAGCUGUCGACAAACAAAACCAUCUCUGGGUUGGAACAGACGAUGGAAAUCUGUACAUUGCAAAAUACCUUAAAUAAUGACCUUUCUUUGAUGAUAAUGAAUGCUUUUGGUUUUAUGGAUUGCUAAAACCGAAAUCAUCCAUUGUCUAACGUAAACUGGUCCAAUCAGGGUUAACGUUAUACGUCUACCGAGUAUGAUUCCCUCCAUUUCUUACGGAAACUUAUAGUUAAUUCAUAUAUCUAUAGAAACAGCUAGACUGGAAUCAACAUGCCCUGUUUAUUGAUUGGUUGAAAACUACUGUGACUGAAACUGACAGGAAAAUGAUAGGACUGAAAUCUGCACGCCCCGUUUAUCGAUUGAUCGAAACCUACAGCGACCUUUGAAAAAUCACGGACUGCACGAAAUAAUCAUAACGGUGUUAGACUCAAAAUCCUAUAGGUGACAAUUUGGCUGUUUCUAUUAGCUACUUACGUACCGAUGUACAUUAACAGUAACUUAGUGAAUUUUACUUACUUUUUAUAAUCAAUUUAUUGAUUUGUACAAGGAGAAGAUGUAAAUAUAAACAAAAAAAUACUUUCUUUGAUGAUUCACGCGGGUUAUGAAGGUAGCAGUCAUUGCAUAAAAAAUUUCCAUAACCUGCUUACGCGGGUAAUGUAUAUUUUUUUUCUGCAAUGUAGCCAUAUUCAUGUCCCGGAUGAAUCAUCAAAGAAAGCAUUUGUUUAAAUACACAGUGAAUCGCUGUAAACAUUACAUUUUUCAAAAUGUU